AUGCCGGAGAAGGACUCCGCCGGAGAGAGAAUCUUCCAACCACAAUUCGGCACUCCGGUGGCAGAGAAGGAGAGAUCGCCGCUUCAGCAUACUCCUGACCCGACAAAACUAACCAUGCAUGAGUUUUGGGGACCAGAGGGGGCAAAGCUAAGGGCCAACAUCCUGGGCACGAAGGCUUCUAUACAGAAGCAGAAUAAUAAGCCCGAAGAGGCUAUUGAUGAUGAGGAUCCGGCUCUGCACUGGUCCUCUCCUAGCACUAUUCGGACAGCAUCUACCACCGCAGACAACUCUAGCCCUAAACUUCAGCCGAAGUCGAUUCUGAAGAGGGCUUCCCAGUUCGAUCGACCAAUCGCGCCGCAGCCGCAGCAGACCGAGCACCCAACUCAGGUGAGAGGGAAUCCGGUGAACGAGGUAGUCCCAAAUCCCCUCGGUAACUGGUACCUCAGUCGAGCUCCAUCACAUUCACUCCAGCAGCAACCGCAUAAUUUCAGCUUAGCUGGGGCUAGGUUCUUAGAGCGAAAGAACAACAACUCGUACGCAGUUCACAUCAAUCCCUUCGAACUACUGAAUACGAGCCGGUACCCGUACACGGCCUACGAUCCCUUCGCAAUGUCGAACGUGAACAACGAAGCUGCUAGUCCUUUCAUCGCGAAUGCCCCCGCUACACCGGACAUGGGUGGAACGAACGCGAACGGAGACAACUUGAACGGCGGAAACAUGAAUGUUACAAGCCCACAUGCUACGGACACCAUGAUUGCGGCAGGCGAAAUGAACGGAGCAAAUGCGGCCUUCGACACGUCCAACAUGAACAGAGCCAACGUCUUCGAGACCUCGAACGCCUUUCCGCAGCGGUCGCCGCUCGGCUCCAACGCAACCGCGUCCCCUCAGUCCCGCGCUGGAAACCUCACCCAGUCGCCGGGCACCCGUAACGGCACGAUCCCCAUGUCAACCCAACUGCAGGUCGGAGUCAGCCUCACCAACUUCACCGUUGCCAGGAACCCCCACCUCCUGCCCUACUCGCCGCUCGACCCCGUCGUCUCGGGCCAUCUCAACGAGCUCGCGCACGCUAUGUGGAACAACGUGAUCAACAACGGGCCAAUGUACCACAACAUCUGCGUCUAUGCCGCGAUGUCACCUUAUCCGACGCUGCGCGUGCUGGCGCUUCGCGGCGAGAUUCCCGCUUGGUUCUGGAUGCGCCAGAUGUGCAAGCACGUGUUGACAUCUAUGGGGCGGCCGAUAGAGGAUGGGAUGUACCUCACAUCUUGGAGGGAGUCUGAGAGGGAGAUCGAGAUGCAUGGCAUGACCGUGACUAGGGAGCAGGCUAGGGAGCAGGCUAGGGAGGAGAGUCAGGUUGAGCAGUCUGCUGCUGAGGAUGACAAGGAGGGCACUGAGUGAAUAGAUGGGCUGGUAUGGCCAUUGAGGGCCUGAGAGCCUUCAGGCGAUGAUGGAUAGUCGUUGGUAGCCUUCCAUGGUGUAG